CCCGCCAAUGACAGUGGAGUAUUGUUUGAAGGGAGAUAUAUAUUAGGGAUAAAGAUGGGGGUAUCUGCUUAUCUAGGACUACGGCGUAUCGUCUCUCUCUCCUUUUCCGGCCAAAGUUUCCACCGGCGGCGACAACUACUCUUUUGCUUUUUGUUGCAUAAAUUGAUCAAACCGGAAACUUAUUGUUUCUUUCGUUUUGUUGUGAUGGAUACCACUUCAAACGAGCUUCUUAGAAGGAAAGCUUCUGUAAAUGUUGGCGAGAAGAGAAAGAGGAAUGAGGAUGGUGAAAGCUGCAGAGAUGCAGAAAGGGGAGAAGGCUCUGAAGGUGCUGCUGGUCUGAAGUUUAAUGACUUUGAUAAGCUUAGGGAAGAAGUAAACUUCUCGGUUGGCCAGACAUGGGCUCUUUAUGAUGAUGAUAAAGUGGAUGGGAUGCCUAGAUUUUAUGCCCGGAUUAGAAAAGUUUCAGCAACUCCUACCUUUGAGCUUAGGAUCAGUUACUUAGAGCCAGAUCCAGAUGAUGAGUUACAGAUUCAAUGGCUUGAAGAAGACUUGCCUGUUUCUGCUGGUCAGUUCAAGCUUGGGAAACAUCACAACACAAAAGACCGCUCCGUAUUCUCACAUGUUGUACACUGCAAGGAAGGAAGCAACACUGGCCAUCUCACUGUUUCCCCGAGGAAAGGAGAGACUUGGGCUCUGUUCAAGAACUGGGAUAUCAACUGGUCUUCGGAGCCAGAUUCUCACCGCAGUUACGAGUAUGAGUUCGUUGAGGUCUUGUCUGAUUACGCUGAUGAAACUGGUGCAUCCGUUGCGUUCUUGCGUAAAGCAAAAGGCUUUGCGAGUGUCUUCUUUCGAAUGAGGGAUGCAGACACAUCUCAGAUUCUUCCUCGCAAUAUAUAUCAGUUCUCCCACAAGGUUCCUUCCUUCAGACUAACAGGAGCUGAAGGAAAAGGUUUGCCAAAAGAUGCUUAUGAGCUGGACCAAGCUGCGUUACCUGAAACAAUCGAAGAUACAGUCGUGCCUUCACAUCUAUUAGCAGAGCACACCGCUUCAAACUCUGGGAGUACUAAAAAGGCUAAACCUGAAACCAUCUACUUCGCUAGUAAGGGAAAGGUUUUUCAAAUUGGUCAGAUUUGGUCGUUUAGCAGUGGUCAUGAGUUUCCUCUGUACUACGGUUUGAUACAAAAGAUCACUUUCACUCAGGUGCUUAAUCAGGAGGCAGUCUACAAACUACAUGUACGUCGGUUAAAACCUGCUCGUUCCCCUCUAGAUGUGAUCCAAUAUGAAGACAAGAAAAUGCCCGUUGGUUGUGGAACUUACUACGCGAGAAAUGCUCUAGAAAUCAUCACUGCAGAUGAUGUUUCGCAUCAGGUAAUCCCUGAAACCUCCGUUGAUGGGAACGAAUACACAAUUCUGCCCAAGAUUGGAGAUGUGUGGGUGAUAUACAGAUUCUGGAGUGAAUACAGGGAGUUCAGGAAAGUGGGUGUAUGCAGCUAUGACGUUGUUCAAGUUCUUGAUGACACUUUGGGGUAUAAGGUCUUGCUACUAGAGCGUGAGCCCAGUUGUGAUGAUAGUGAUGAUGAUGAUGAUGAAGAGAGCUUACUCUUUAGGGAAGUUACAGAGUAUAAACAUAACGAGAUUGAUGGGUCGGAGCCGAUAUUUACAAUCACGAAUUCAGAAAGACUCAGGUUCUCGCAUAAGGCUCCUGCUCGGCGUGUGACCAAAGAGAUAGACGGAGAGCUGAAAGACCUGAUUGAAGUUGAUUCAGGAGCAUUGCCUUUUAUGGUGACGCAUGAAUCUAUGUGAAAAGGUUUUUCUCUUUUUUUGUGUGUUACGGUGCAUGAAUCUAUGAACUGUGAUACGAAACAGCAAGUAUGUAGCCUUAGCUUCUCUGCUGUUUUAGACUUCAUUGAUCUCUCUGCGGUUUAACUUAAUAAUAUAAUCUUUGGCA